CUGUGAUGUUGCGCUGCCUGACUGAGUGAAGAGGAUUAGUUUUACACGCGCUGUCGCGCUCUGACAUCUUUCACUGAAGUUAGAAUGAUAUCCCGGGACGAAAUACUGAAAACCAUAUGGUACGCCUUCACUGCUCUGGAUGUAGACCGAAACGGGAAAGUAUCCAAAUCCCAGUUAAAGGUGCUGUCUCACAACCUGUGCACCAUACUGAAAGUCCCUCAUAACGUUUCAGCCUUGGAGGAGCACUUUAAAGAUGAUGAUGAAGGACCAGUGUCAACCCAAGGGUACAUGCCCUACCUGAACAAUUUCAUACUUAAUAAGAUCCAGCCCAACUUUGACUUCAUGGAGCUGAAUAAGAUGUGCUGGACUCUGUCUGCAUCAAAACACAUCAGCAGCAAGAAUCUGCUCAUCUCAGACGAUGAUGCCUUCAAGGUGUGGUGUAUCUUCAACUUCCUGUCUGAAGAUAAAUAUCCACUGCACAUUGUCACAGAGGAGCUUGAGUACUUCCUGCACAAGCUGCUUGCAGCAAUGGGUUGCAUUUGGAACGAAGGCAGAUUUGAAGACUACAAAAUGCAGCUCAGCCCAAAGAAACAACAUCUAAAUGUGUGGGAACUGAUUGAGCUUAUUGGCUUAGGCCAUUUCACCAAGGGCAUAAACCCUCAGACUCUCUCCAUGGGCAUCAAUGAGGUCUGUCAGGAAAUUGUUCUGGAUGUUAUUAAGCAGGGCUAUUUGAUGAAAAAAGGCCACAAAAGGAAGAACUGGACAGAGCGAUGGUUUAAGCUUCAUCUCAACCACAUAUCCUAUUAUGUGAGUGAAGACCUAACAGAGCAGAAGGGAUGUAUUUCGCUUGAUCGCAACUGCUGUGUCGAGUCCUUACCAGACAAGGACGGAAGGAAAAACCUCUUCAUUAUCAGAUGUGUUGAGAAAAGUUUUGAGAUCAGUGCAUCGGAUAAAAAGACAAAACAGGAGUGGAUUCACGCCAUCCAGGACUGCAUUGUCCGCAUAAGGCAAGGCCUUUCCUCUGCACACCGAGAAUCCAGGCAGAAACGCAGGGAGCUGAGAAACAGGAUGAAAGCUGAACAGGAGAUCAUUGAGAACCGAAUGAGACAGCUGCAGUUGGCCAACGAGAGCAAACAGGCCCAGCUGGAGGCCAUGAGUAAGGACCUGCAGGACACGUCAAUCCGGGGUGAUUUGGUGGAACAGAGAAGACUUCAGACCCAGACAGAAUUACUGGACCGAUACAGACAAGACCUGGAGCAGGAGAAAAUGGCUCGAAUGCAGAUGGAGGAGCAGGUGGUUGAAAAGUCCAGUGAAGUGGAGCAGUACUGGCAGCGAAUGCAGGAACUGGAAGACAUGUACCGUCAGCUGAAACAGGCACUAGACGAUGAGAGGCAGGCCAAAGAGGAUGAAGAAGUCUUGCGCAAACUGCAGGCCAGGCUGUUAGAAGAGGAGGCAAACAAGAGGACAGAAUUAGAGCAGAUUCACCAGCAGCAGAAAGAGGUCUUAUCCCAGUCCCAGAAAGAGAAAAUAGAGCUGGAAAAAGAGAAGGCGGAGAAGGAACGCGCCCUGCAGGCGGCACUGGAGCAGCUGGAGAGCCUUAAACAAAAGAGGCAGGGGGCGCAAGAUGAAUACAAGGCUGUUACGAAGAAACUGGAACGGGCAAGUAACAAGACAAAGACUUGGAAACACAAGGUCUCUAAACACGAAGGCCUCCUUCGAAUCGUUCAACCAGGCAACAAGUCACCCUGUAAAGUGACCAACUGGGGACAGGCAGCGUUCACCGAUACAGAGCUGGAUCAGAUGGAGAAGAUUUGGCAGGAGAACAAGAAUCAAGAAUGGGAUGGAGAGUAACACCUAAUACAUCCAUUUCCUUUAUUUGUGUAUUUAUUUAUUUUUUAUUUGCCCUCAUCCUGAUCUUAUGUUACUGGUUAAAUCUGUUGUCAGUGAUUUUAUUUUUUAUUUUUAUUCAACCGUUUAUCAAUCAUGUGCUUUGUGACGUCUGUCAGAGGGUUUGAAGUCUGCUCAGAUGAAAAUGGAAAACAGGAAGCAAACAAACUGGUUGUCCCACGAGUCUUUAUAGAUGGUUUGCACAAGCACACUCUUCACAUACAUGUAAAAGAGCGAGUAAAACAGGAAAAGAAAGCACUCUGAUAAACAAGUAGAAAUUAACACAUUAAAAGUUAGCGGUAGAGCGGCCAUCUCUCUCUUUACUCAAGCCCUCUCUCUACCUGUACAAUAACCUAGAAGAAGUCAUCUUAAAGGCACAUCAACACUCAUGUCAUGAACAGUAUUUAACAGUAGGUGGAACAUGAACAGAGAAAUUAAGUUGAUUGCGUUUGUUAAUGUAGAAAACGACAUCCGCAAUUUUUAUACUUGUUAAAACAAUGUUAACAUAUCAUUUAACUUUAGUAAUUCCAGGUGUAUUUUUGAGUUUGGAAAAUUGCUCAGAGGCAGCAGAUUCACAUAUUCCUGCUGUGUCCUCUAGAUGUCCCUGUUGACACACAGAUUCACUCAGAUGACCCAUUCAUACACACUGUUUCUGCACAUAAGAGCCACCAAUGGACAAAAGAUAAAUAAAUGUGAUACUGUGAUACUCUUAGCAGUGCAUUUAGCCUUGAUUUUUCUUUGCUUUUUAACCUUUCGCUUAAGCUUGUUUGAAAUAUAUAAAAUAAAACUAUGUAGUUCAUGA